AGAGUCUCACUUAUCCAAACUAAACGGGCCGGCAGAAGCUUGGAUAAGCGAAUAUGUUGGAUAAUAAGGAGGGAUUAAGGAAAAGCCUAUUAAACAUCAAAUUAGGUUAUAAUUUUACAAAUUAAGCGCCAAACCAUCAUGUUAUACAACAAAUUUGAUAGAAAAAGUAGUUCAAUGCGCAGUAAGGUUAUGUUGUAAUUACUGUAUUUACGAAUUUAGCACCAAAAUAUCAUGAUAUAUUGAAAACAUUGACUACAAAAAUGGCUUGGAUAAUCCAGAAGCUUGGAUAAGCGAGGCUUGGAUAAGUGAGACUCUACUGUAUUACCUUUCAGAGAAGGGGGUCUAGCUCAGCAGCUAUUGCAGCUGGAGACCCCACAUUUUGGGAGACUUAGUUUAACACCGGACUGGCGCUAAAGGUAAAAUUUGAACAGCAUUGGAGAACAUGAUGGCGGGAAGGUUUGGAGCACUUGGCAUGGAAAGACCCCUUUCUCUCUCUCCUCCUCCUCCUCCUCCUCCUCCUAAAUUUGGCACCUUUUCCUGGAGGUGCCGCGUUUGGCACCUUUCCCGGGGCAUAAAGGCCGUGCCAGGAGGGUCCCUUCUCCAUCCCUCCUCGCUUCUUUCUUUCCUCGCGUCCUUCUCUGACCAUGGAGAGCAGCAGGAGCAGCAGCGCCUUCUUCCUGGGCGCCUUCCUGGCCCCGUCAGAGCCCUUUCCCGCCUCCGCCGCUCCGCCUUCCUCUUGCUGCUGGAGCCCCACGGCGCCGUCCUGGACCCCCUGCUCUUCCUCUUCCCCAUCUUCUUCCCCAUCUUCUUCUUCUUCUUCUUCUUCUUCUUCUUCUUCCUCGUCUCCUUCUCCCGCGCCGUCGGGUCCGCGCCGGAGCGCCAGCCAGCGGGAGAAGCUGCGGAUGCGCCGCCUGGCGCGGGCCCUGCGCGACCUCCGCCGCUUCCUGCCGCCCUCGCUGGCGCCCCCCGCCCGGCCCCUCACCAAGCUGCAGACCCUCCGCCUCGCCGCCCGGUACAUCGCCCACCUCGGAGACCUCCUCCGCCUGGACCACGGCGCCCUCGAAGGAAGAGGAGCAGGAGCAGGAGGAGGAGGCCUCGCCUGCGGGUGGGAAGCCGGAAGCCCCCCCGAGACACAGUGGACCUGGCAGACCCCCGCCCCCGCCCCCGAGGAAGAGGCCCCGCAGAGCCUGCUUCCACCGGAGUUGAUGGCCUUCCUGGAAGAGCUGGAGCCCUGGCCGGCCGUCACUGACCACUGCCCUUUGGCCUGACCACGCCUGGAGGAAAAGACCCCUCCGUGGCUGACCCCAAAGGGGUCCUUCGGGGGUCUUUGCACCCCUUUGACUCUCCAGAGCCAAGUCGUUCUGAGUGCUUUGAACGAACUUUUCCCCAUAUAAAUGCAUUCAAUCUCAACAAUUCUAUUUAUCCAAAAUCUGUCGUCAUUUGAGCGGUGUCAUUUCUGUCGGUUGUACAGAUACAUACAGCCUUUUGUAGGCCUGAACUGACCAAGAAUAUUGUUGUUGUUGUUAUUGUUGUUGUGUUUAUUUAUACAUGCUAUUUGUAGGCCUGAAUUGACCAAGGAUAAUGUUGUUGUUGUUGUGUUUAUUUAUAUAUGCUAUUUGUAGGCCUGAAUUGACUAAGGACACAUUAUUAUUAUUAUUAUUAUUAUUAUUAUUAUUAUUAUUAUUAUUAUUAUUAUUAUUAUUAUUAUUUUAUUAUGCCACAGCAAACGAGAUCUAUAUGGUGGAUUUCGUAUCACAAAAUCACAAGUCGAACACUUCCCAAGCGUCUAGGACUGUGUGAUGUAUUUUCAGAUGAUGCGUGCAAAUCCCAAUAAGGUUGUCAUUAUUAUUAUUAUUAUUAUUAUUAUUAUUAUUAUUAUUAUUAUUAUUAUUUAUACCCCACUUUUUCUCGCCCCAAGGAGACUCAAAGCAGCUUAGCAUUUCAGUAUUAUUUAAAAUUCACCCAUACGUUAACGUUAAAACAGAAUUAAAUAUCAUGGAUAUUAAAAAAUUCAGUUAAAAUCGAACUAAAAAACAACAGCGUUUGUGUAUUUAUGUGUUUGUGCGUUUGUGUGUUUAUUUGUGUGUGUGUGUGUGUGUGUGUGUGUGUGUGGUGGGUUGGAAAUGGUUGGAAGUACAGUAGAGUCUCACUUAUCCAACAUAAAUGGGGCGGCAGAACGUUGGAUAAGCGAAUAUGUUGGAUAAUAAGGAGGGAUUAAGAAAAAGCCUAUUAAACAUCAAAUUAGGUUAUGAUUUUACAAAUUAAGCACCAAAACAUCAUGUUAUACAACAAAUUUGACAGAAAAAGUAGUUCAAUAUGUAGUAAUGCUAUGUAGUAAUUACUGUAUUUACGAAUUUAGCACCAAAAUAUCACAAUAUAUUGAAAACAUUGUCUACAAAAAUGCGUUGGAUAAUCCAGAACGUUGGAUAAGUGAGACUCUACUGUAUCGGUAAUAUAUGAAAUAAAAGCAGAAAAUAUGAUGCAAUUUGGUGCUUUUGGUAAUGGUGUUUCUCUGCAAACCACCCAAAAAAAAAAAACAACAACGGGGGGGCUAGUUGCUCGCAUUUCUUUCCUUUUGUGAUCUCUGCAAUGUAUGUAUCGUCCAGCACUAAAACCACCACCCCAUCCUGGGGAAAUGUAUGCAGAUACUACACUUAGGCAGAAAA